AUGAUCUCAACCGGUGAUUGGUGUCUAAUUGAAAGCGAUCCUGGUGUUUUCACCGAACUGAUUUCGGGUAUGGGCUGUCGAGGAGUGCAAAUGGAAGAGAUCUACAGCCUUGAACCAGAAUUCACAGCUGACUUAGGACCGAUAUACGGCUUAAUCUUCUUAUUCAAAUGGCAAAACAAGCGUAGUGCCGAAAACACACAUAUUCCUGAAGCUAAUGAUUUCUCAGACCAUGUUUUUUUCGCCAAUCAAGUGAUCAAUAACGCAUGUGCAACACAAGCUAUAUUAUCCAUUCUUCUGAACAGAGACGAUAUUGAUAUAGGAGAAGAACUACGCAACUUUAAAGCUUUCACAGCCGACUUCCCUCCUGAAAUGAAAGGAUUAGCUAUCUCUAAUAGUGACGUGAUCCGAACGAUGCAUAACAGCUUCGCACGAUCUGAUCCGUUUGUCAAUGACAUGGUAGAUCCAAACGCUGGAAAAGAUCAAGAUGUAUACCAUUUCAUUGCCUUCACGCCUGUCAAUGACGCUGUAUAUGAAUUAGAUGGAUUAAGUAACGGGCCUGUCAAUUUGGGACCUUGUGAUGAAAAUAAUUGGAUUACAAAGGCUAACGAAGCUAUCAAACGCCGUAUGGAAGCUUAUGGUGAGGCAGAAUUACAUUUCAGUUUAAUGGCAUUAAUUCGAGAUAAAGUGGAACAAAUGGAAGAACAGAUUGAGGAAGCCGAUGCAAUUUUAUUAUCGUUGCCAGAAGAUGAUGUAGAGGCGAGAAGUAGGGUAAUACAAGACCGUAGUAUGUACGAGCAAAUAUUAGAACAGGAAAAAGAUAAAAGGAAAAAAUGGCAUAGAGAAAAUGUGCUUAGAAAGCAUAAUUUCAUACCUCUCAUAUACAAUUUAUUACGAAACCUUGCUGAAAAAGGUCAAUUGGAUGAUCUCAUUAAAACAGCAAAAGAAAAGGCUGUGAACAGAAGACAACAAUAA